UAUUCUUGAUUACGACGUUUCGAAUUGAUUCGAUCGAAUCGAUCAAAUUCUAUUAUUGAUUUCGAUCGAAGAAAUCCGUUAUUCGAACAUCGCUCGUUUAAAAUGUCAACUCUAAUCUCAGUAACGUUUGACUCCAAACAAAUCGCUUUCUGUAUCCUAGAUACGAGAUUUUCACGUGGCGGAAUUAACAUGGAUUCAGUAAAGAUAAAAUCUACAUCGAAACAACAAUUCGCGCGAAUGAUAGCUUUAUUGGAAACAAGACCGGAUGUUGCAAAAGGAUUUUCGAAGGUGAACGUUGCGCCUUUCUGGAAUUCUUUGGCAACGGAAUUAAACAGUUUGGGACCGCCUGUCAGAGACACAACAGGGUGGAAAAAGGUGUGGUGUGAUUACAAGUCGAACCUGAAGAGAAAACUGGCCCACAAUUCGAAGGAGCUGCGUGCCACGGGAGGCGGACCUAACAAAGUGAUAGAGAUUUCUGAAUUGGAGGAGCAAACUAUUGCUCUGACUGGUCUCAGAAACACAAUACAAGGUGUGCAGAACACAUUGUCAUAUGGUGCAUUGUCAUUAGAUAGUCGUGAUAAGCAAAACUUGGUUGUAGACAACAUCCAAGAAUUGUUUAUUACGGAUAAUUCUAAUGACAAUGCGGAUGAGGAGACCACUUGUUCUAAACCAAAACGGUUGAAAAAAUCGACCCUAGAUUUGCUGGAACAGCAAGUUGCUGAACAAAAAAAAAAUACCACGAAACGGUGGUAGACGCUCUUAACAAAA